AUGUUCACUUUACCAUCUUUAACUGUUGAAGCCGGUGCUCAUGUUGCAUCUGGAGCUAAAUUAUCCGCACCAAUUCGUCGUCCAGUCGAACCAGUUGGUAAAGCUUUUAUGCACCAUGCUCAAAGAACCUUAAGAAAUCAUACUUGGUCUGAAUUUGAAAAAUUGGAAGCUGAAAGAAAUGUUAAAAACGUUGAAGAAAACAACGUCGAUCCAGACGAACUAUUGUUCGAUACUGACUUAGCUGACCCUAGCUUAUUAACCCAUGAUCCAAGAGACUGGAAAACUGCCGAUUUAUACGCAGCUAUGGGUUUAUCCAAAUUACGUUACAGGGCUAAUGAUACACAAGUCAUCAAGGCUCAUAGAAAGCAAGUCUUAAAGUACCAUCCAGAUAAGACUUCUGCUGAAGGUGGUAGUUUAGAUCAAGAUGGUAUUUUCAAGAUCAUCCAAAAGGCUUUUGAAACUUUAACUGAUUCUACUAAGAGAGCUCAAUAUGAUUCAUGUGAUUUCCAAGCUGAUGUUUUACCACCAAAGAAAAGUGGUGAUUAUGAUUUUUACGAAGCUUGGGGCCCUGUUUUUGUCUCUGAAGCUCGUUUCUCAAAGAAAUCACCAGUUCCAACUUUAGGUGACGCUAAGAGCAGCAAAAAAGAAGUCGAAGAAUUCUAUGCCUUCUGGCACAGAUUUGACUCUUGGAGAUCAUUUGAAUUCCUGGAUGAAGAUGUUCCAGAUGAUUCUUCUAACAGAGAUCACAAACGUUAUAUUGAAAAGAAAAACACUGCUGCUAGAAACAAGAAAAAGACUGCUGAUAAUGCCAGAUUAGUCAAGCUUGUUGAAAGAGCUAUGAAUGAAGAUCCACGUAUCAAGAUGUUCAAAGAAGAAGAAAAGAAGGAAAAAGCCAGAAAGAAGUGGGAAAGAGAAGCUGGUGCCAGAGCUGAAGCUGAAGUUAAAGCUAAGGCUGAAGCUGAUGCCAAGGCUAAGGCUGAAGAAGAGGCUAAGAAUGCUGCUGAUGCCAAGGCCUCCAAGAAGAAGUCUAAGGAAGCUGCCAAGGCUGCUAAGAAGAAAAAUAAGAGAGCCAUCCGUAAUGCCGCUAAGGAAGCUGACUACUUUGGCGACAUCGACAAGGCUGCAGCUAUCGACGAACAAAUUGCUUUGAUUGUUGAUAGUCUAGAUGACGAUCAAUUAGUCGAGGUUGCUGACAAGAUCAAGACUGAUGCCAAGACUGCUUUACAGACUAUCGCUAAGACUUUGACCGACUCUAACAAGCUGCCAGCUUCUGUAUUGAGUUACUUCUUGUAA